UAUCCCGGCCGUAUUGCCGGAGGUGUGAGAACGUCAGGGACAAACAGCUGCUGGACCUGCCAGUGAAGGCAACAACAUGGCGAACGUCUUCACCAAGAAAUACCACCGUCCCCGGACAACUACCCUGAGGGACUUUGGGGGUCAGGAUCUCUCACGGGGCGUCGCCCUACCUGAGAUCCGCUCCCCAUGCCGCAUAUCCAGCCCGCGCUCAGUAUCGGUGUACACCAUUUGGAACCCAAACUUUUACCGCCAUUCACAAGCAAAACCUGACAUGUUUAAUAUUCUCAGGUGGGAGAAUUUCAGCUGUGGUCCUGUUGUGAUUUCGCCCAAAGAAAGAGGGAAGCCCCCGAAUAUCAUCUACACCGAGACGACAAUAUCCCGCGUCAGCUACAAGGACCCUAAGCGUUACACCAACCUCCAGGCCAACAUGAAGACCACCAGAUAUGGCUACUCGCCUCAGUCUAAGCCAAUCCGAGGAAUUGUCCCCAGUGUGAAGCCCCGGGAGUACAAGCCAGCGACUGGGAUCGAGUAGAGAAGAGGCAUCCUAGUUUUAAUUCUAUACCUAAAAAUAAUAUAUUUAAUUCAAGCAAAAUAUCUGUCUCUAUGUACAGUCCACAGAUAAUCUUCUUGGGUUGUUUACUCAUGAACCAUUAAAGUAUAAUACAGAGUUUACUCAUACUUUGCUAAUGUAGAAGGAUUUUUGUUCAAGAUACAUUUGAUAAACUUGAUGAUUUUGUCCUCUGCCAAUUAUGUCCAGUGUUCUUAGUGGAUUGAAUUAUACAUUUUAAGUUCAGUUUUAAAAGUAUUUCACUUUAACCAGUUAACGACUAAAUCAAUGGUAUGUGUAAUGUAUUUAGUGGAAGAAGAG